UGAUUAGUUUUUUGGGGAAGGACGGGCUGUAACAUUGAAUCAAUUACUGGUCGCUGUAGCUCAAGCACAUUGUGAGCGCGGCAGUGGACGCAGACGGAGGGGCGCACAUAUGCUUGCUCUCACAGUGAAGGAUCGUGGCCAUAGGAUUACUACCACUGCAACACAAUUGAGUAGAGGAGCCUUCACUGAGCCUUCACUGAGGCGACCGAAGCGCUUUUAUGCUCCUGAUUUCAUUCUAUUGGGAUUUAAAAUCAAGACACAUAAUCCAAGGGAAUUUAAGAGCAGAAUUAACCAUCCGUGACCAUGGAUGAAAUGAAGACAUGUCUCAUCAUUGGGGUUUUCUUGUUUGGGUUGUUAUCAGUUACCCGCGGGCUGGCCACACCGACCAUUGUAUCAACUGAAGAUGAGUUUGUUCUCGAGCCGCUCUCGGUGUUCAACAUCAGCUGCACUGGUAAAAGGAACGUUGCUUGGGUCGAGCCCCUACCGGACGACACAUUCGUUUUGCCUGGAUAUUACACCUCCACGCUCUUCAUAUACAACGCUUCUGUGACACACACCGGAUAUUACUCCUGCAAAUACCAAGACAAAGAGGGCGAUGAAGAGGUGGAUGGCGUAGCCAAUGAUGCGUUCAUAUACGUUUUCGUCCCAGAUCCUGAGAUUCCAUUUGUGCCCCAGGAGCCAGAUCGCAUGCUAGUCCCAGUCUAUCCCAAUAGAACCAUCAUCCCAUGCAGGGUGUCAGACCCUCAAUCCCAGGUGGUCCUAAAGAGCGCUCCCAGUGGAGUAGAGGUGGACGCAGCUUAUAAGAACAAGAUCGGCUUCAUUGGCAACCUGGACGCUGGAUUGUACAUCUGUGAGACCACCGUGAACAGCAUGACAAUUACGAGUGACACUUACACCGUGGAGGCCAACAAACAGAUAGAGAACGUCCAUGUGGAGGUGAAGGCCAGCGAAGAGGCAGUGAGACUAGGGGAACCCUUCAACAUCACCUGUGUGGCACCUCCUGGACUGCCCAACCAGCAGCAGUGGCUCCACCCCAGGAAACAGGCUGUGGAUGCAGUCCAGAUGAAACAGACUCUGCCUGAUAGAAUGGUCUACACCCUCAGUAUCCCAGCAGCCACCUCUCAGGACAGUGGGGUGUAUGAGUGCUCCAUCACCAACAACAUCAGUGGAGAGAUCAGAGCCAACAGGGUGGCUGUCACUGUCUUUGAAGAGAACCCCUUUGUGAUGUUGGACCACAGUGGGAUUGGAGUGGUGGAGUUUGUCAGUAUGAUGGAGGAGACAGAGUUCACCAUCAGUAUUGAAGCCUUCCCUGCUCCUAAAGUCACCUGGCUGAAAGAUGGCAUCGCCAUCACUGAGAACAGCUACUUCCUCACCAAGACCAGCCUUCUGGAGGGGAACAAGCAUCAGAGCACUCUGACUCUUCGGCAGCCACUAGAGGAGGACAGUGGUAACUACACCAUCAUGGUCCUCAGCAUCCCUCACACUGCCCAGUUCUCCUUCACCCUCAAAGUGAAAGCCUCAGCCCCAGUGCUGUUCCAGCCAGCCUCAGCCCCAGUGCUGUUCCAGCCAGCCUCAGCUCCGGUGCUGAUCCCCCAGAGAGAGGAGAUGGUUGUUCCCCUCCACACCCCCUUCACUCUGACUUGCAGGGGCGAGGCCGAGCUGGCCUGGGACACGCCCGUCUACCUAUCAGAGCAGACAGAGGAGGACAACAGCGGCCUGUUCGUCACCACGGUUACCGUAGAGAACGCCACUGCGGCAAACACUGGUUUCUAUACCUGCUUCUACAACGGAGGGAACUCCACUGAGGAGGGAGAGGACAGCAGCAUCUACAUAUAUGUGCCAGAUCCAGAGGUGCCCUUUGUCCCCUCUCUGGUGCCCUUUGGCAACCACGUCCUGAAUGGUCAUGAUGAGAUGGAGAUCCAGUGUCGCGUGUCAGACCCCAGUGCCAAUGUGACCCUGGUCAACACUGAUACCCAGCAGGCCGUGCCCAUGACUGUCUACGACAGCAAGAGGGGCGCCGUGGGCUUCUUCAGUGCAGGAACCUAUGUCUGCAAGGCCCUCGUCAAUGGAGAGGAGCACCUCAGUGAGGAGUACAUCGUCCACGGCUGGGCAGGGGGGUCGGAGCUGCGUGUGGAGCUGAAGGCCCUGAAGACUGCUCUCUUGGUGGGAGACACCAUCACUGUCACCUGUGUGGCCCGGGGGUCUGAGAUACUGGAAGACCACUGGAAGUACCCUGGAAAACUGGUGAACCGUGGCUUGAAGUCGGUGCGUGAGAAUAAGAGGGACCAGGAGAUCCAGUACAUCAUGACUGUCCCCCAGGCCUCAGCCAAAGACAGCGGCAUCUACGCCUGCUCCAUUACUGACAUCAUCAGCAAUGAGAGCCAGACCAAGGAGCUGGCCAUCACUGUCUAUGAGAGCCCAUUUGUGUCGCUGCGCCCUGUGUUCAGUUCUCAGGAGUCAGCAGACCUGGAUGAGAGCAGAGAGUUCCGGGCCGACAUCGACUCAUUCCCCAGCGCCCAGGUCACAUGGCUCAAAGAUGGCCUCCCCCUCAACUAUGUGGCGGCUGAGAUAACCAACAGCCUCCAGCAGCUCAGCGAGACCAGGUACCUGAGUGUUCUGACCCUGAUCCGGGCCAAGGAGGAGGACAGUGGGAACUACACCAUCAGAGUGCAGAACGGGAACCAGACCCACAGCCACAGCUUCAGUCUGCAGGUCAAAGUACCUGCAGUCAUUGUGGACCUGAUGGACCUCCACCAUGGCUCAGCCUCAGGCCAGUCUGUAGUGUGUAUCGCUGGAGGCAUGCCCACUCCUGAGGUGGAGUGGUUCAUCUGCAAGAACAUAAAACACUGCGCCAAUGACUCAUCUCAGUGGGUGCCCCUGCCAACCAACGACACAGAUAUCACUGUGGAAGCGCAUUUUGAUCAGGACAACCAGCUGGAGAGCCAGGUGAUCUUCGUGCGUCUUGAGAACACUCUGGCCGUCCGCUGCCUGGCCAGGAACGAGAUGGCCGCCGUCAGCAGGGAGGUGAAGCUGGUGUCACAAGGCCCCCACUCUGAGCUGCCUGUAACUGCUGCUGUUUUGGUGCUGCUGGUCAUUGUCAUCAUCUCACUCAUUGUCCUGGUCAUUAUCUGGAAACAGAAGCCUCGCUAUGAGAUCCGCUGGAGGGUGAUAGAGUCAGUGAGCCCUGAUGGCCAUGAGUACAUCUAUGUUGACCCCAUGCAACUGCCCUAUGACUCCAGAUGGGAGUUCUCUCGCGAUGGGCUCGUACUGGGUCGUGUUCUGGGCUCUGGGGCGUUUGGGAAGGUGGUGGAGGGAACUGCAUAUGGACUCAGCCGCUCCCAGCCCGUCAUGAAGGUGGCUGUGAAGAUGCUGAAACCCACGGCCCGCUCCAGUGAGAAACAGGCCCUGAUGUCAGAGCUGAAGAUCAUGACUCACCUGGGCCCUCACCUCAACAUCGUCAACCUGCUGGGGGCCUGCACCAAGUCAGGCCCCACCUACAUCAUCACUGAGUACUGCUUCUAUGGAGACCUGGUCAACUACCUGCACAAGAACAGAGAGAACUUCCUCAGCUUGCACUCAGAGAAGAGCAAGAAAGACCUGGACAUCUUUGGCAUAAACCCUGCAGAUGAGAGCAGCAGGAGCUAUGUGAUCCUGUCCUUUGAAAGUGGUAAGGGGGACUACAUGGAAAUGAAGCAGGCAGACACCACGCAGUACGUGCCCAUGCUGGAGAUGAGUGAUGCCUCCAAGUACUCCGACAUCCAGAGGUCUGAAUAUGACCACCCACCAUCACAGAAGGGUGAUAAUGAGAUGGACAACCUGCUGUCAGAAGACGGCAACGAGGGCCUCAGCACCACAGAUCUGCUCAGCUUUACCUACCAGGUGGCCAGAGGCAUGGAGUUCCUGUCCUCUAAGAACUGUGUGCAUCGGGACCUGGCUGCUAGGAACGUCCUGCUCUCUCAGGGGAAGAUAGUGAAGAUCUGUGACUUUGGCCUGGCCAGAGACAUCAUGCAUGACAACAACUAUGUCUCCAAAGGCAGCACCUUCCUGCCAGUGAAGUGGAUGGCUCCUGAGAGUAUCUUUGACAACAUGUACACCACCCUCAGUGAUGUCUGGUCCUACGGCAUCCUCCUCUGGGAGAUUUUCUCUCUAGGUGGCACCCCAUACCCAGGGAUGGUAGUGGACUCCAGCUUCUACAACAAGAUCAAGAGUGGCUACAGGAUGGCCAAACCUGAGCACGCCCCCGCUGAUGUGUAUGAGAUGAUGAUAAAGUGUUGGAACAGUGAGCCUGAGAAGAGGCCUUCCUUCCUCAGCCUGAGUGAGAGUGUGGCUUCACUGCUGCCCUCCGGCUACAAGAGGUGCUUCGAGAGGGCAAGCCAUGAGUUCCUGAAGAGCGACCAUCCAGCAGUGACCAGGGUCCAGGUGGAGAGUGAUGACACCUACAUUGGGAUCACCUAUAAGAGUCAGGACAAGUUGAAGGACAGGGAGAGUGGCUUCGACGAGCAGCGCCUCAGCUCUGACAGCGGUUACAUUAUCCCCCUCCCCGACCUGGACCCUCUGUCUGAUGAUGAGUACGUCAAGAGGAACCGCCACAGCUCUCAGACAUCUGAAGAGAGUGCCAUAGAGACAGGCUCCAGCUUCACGCUGGCCAAGAGAGAAGGAGAGACCCUGGAGGACAUCAGCUUGUUGGAUGAGAUGUGUUUGGACUCAGAGCUGGUGGAAGACAGUUUCCUGUGAAAGGCCUGGAGAAGCCAAAAGCCUGCUAAAGAGAGGGAGAGAGGGGGGAGAAACACACCUGAACACAGACUCUCAGACCACCCAAAGACCCCUCCUCGCAACCCCCUAUCUCGAACCCUCCUCAUCCUCCGCCCAUACACCUCCAUUCCUCUCAGGAGGACAGAGCAAAACCACUUCACUGCUUGGACGAGUCUGUGGCCAGAUCAUGGUACGCCUGCCGUUUUCCUCAUCAGACUGACAGCACCCCUUGUGGGGCUGGAGGGACGAGCAGCAUGGAUGGAUGCAACACUAAUGACUCAUCACUACCAUGUGGUUACAGAGUCUCUAUGGAACGGUAGUGUUGGAUGGGAAUAAGAG